AUGCCUCUUGUGCAGCAAAACAUCUAUUGUGAGACCCCUCGUCUGUUUGAAAGAAAACAGUCACAAACAUAUUAUGAAUCCAAAUACUAUGAAUUACAAAAGAUACUGCGAAGAACACUACGUAUUCUGUUGGUAGAUGGUCGUUUAAUCGAAGGAAGAUUGCAGUGUUUUGACUCGGCACUGAAUCUCAUCUUUGUGAAUGCCUACGAAAUCAUCUCCGACAGCCAUCUCGUCCAUCCUAUCGGUCGCCUGAUCGUUCCGGCCUCGGAGGUGCGCCAAUUCCAAGUGAGCAACUGAACGUGGAGUGAAGAGCGUGCAGCACGCACCCAACACCGAACAGCUUUCAUUCAUCCCCUAUACAAUCAACUAUACUGAUAAUUCUUCUGUAUCAUGAGAGUCCUUUAGAGGUUAGAG